CACUCAGGAAGAGGGGCGACCACUUCAAUCAAUGUUUACUUGUUAUUUACAUGCGAGCUGGUACACUCGCACAUUCCAACCCACUCGGCCGUUUGUCUCGCGUCUAUCGGCCGUCUAAGUGCAUUUAAGUGAAACCUCUUUUGUUGUUGCAUUUCUGGUACUGUGUGUGCAAUGUGCAUGUGGCCUUAACGUUUCAUUCUUGAACUGUCCUGAUUUACAUUCUCUGUGAACAGCUGUGCAAUAUUCAACCAACUAUGAAAUAAAAUGAAAUAUAGGUCUUCUGAGAUAGCUUUAGAGCAAGUACGAUUGCUUCUGUACAAAGAGUGUGAUAGAAGAGGAAGAAAAGUUUUGUUUGAUUCAUCAACUAUUGAAAGAGUGCCUGCAUCCAAAAAUGAUAAGCCAGACUUCGGAGACAAGGGCAAGGUCCCCUGCAUUGUGGAGGUUACAGAAGGAUUUACGUAUAUUUAUAAAGGUGAAGCGGGCGAUGCAAGCGUGCUCGGUGAGAUGAUAUUCGGUGCUGUCGCCAUGAACUGCAAGAGCGUUUCAUUGAAGAUCCACAUUAUGAACGACCCGAAAAGGUUAAUGUGCACAAAACUGUUCAGCGUGCCUCGAUCGCGGCAGAUCAGUCCAGGCGAUAGAAAGAUCACUGAAGCCAAGAGCAACGGCGACUUGAAUAGCGGUUCCAAACCUUUGAGCGUGCCUCAGUUGAAUGAGGAGGGAGUGUCGUUGAGCUUCUCGAUGGAUAGAGGAGACUCUGGGUUUUGCGGGGAACAAUCAUCGUACAGCAGUGUUGGCUCCACGUGCGACUAUUUCUCAAUGUUCGACACUUGGGAACACAACUCACCUGAUGAUUACUGCGUUUAUACGCCGAGCCAGCUCAGCUGCUCAAGCGGCGGCAGUUGGCGGCGUCGGACCUUCCACAGCAUGGCCACGAGGUUCGACUUCACUUCCAGCAGCUCCUUGCAAGUACCCACCUCUGCUACCAUGUCCAGCUCGGAUUCACAGUUCUACAGCAACAACUCUACCAGCGGUACGACGGACAGUCUGACGAGCUCCUCGCUCACAACCAGGAGAGGCAAGCUCGGGCUCGCUUUGCUCAUCAGUGUAGCUGAAUCUGCUGACAUGGAUCUAGUGCGUCGCUGCAUGGAGCACUCACCGCAGCUGCAAGCGCUGGUGUGUCGCUUGCGACUCGCCGCGCUCGCCGCGGGGGUAGGCAAUGCCUUUGUGUCUACACUGCAUAGGGCUACAGAGGACGCGGCGAGAUGGUUGUCAGACCUGAUGUUCGGGCCGCGGCUACAUUCGAUGUGGUUGGACCUGGUCACCAGCGAACCAGACCAUACCAAUAAGAUUGCGAGCACCUUGCUCAGUGACCUCAGCCUUGUGUUAACUGUCGGGGACACCAAAAACACUAAUUUUUUUAUCAGCACACUCCUCACGUACGUCCUCACACAUCACCUCGGCUGGGUCACUACAGUCAGCCCCUACGACACAGUAGAAGAUCAGCAAAGCAUGCAAGACCUGACGGAAUCGCGGCGUCCAUACAACGCUCUAUGGGCACAGCUCACAGAUCUAUGCGGCAGUGUUGGCUUCCCGCCACGGUCCGCCAGAACCAUCAUCACAGGAACAAAAAACAUAAACUUCAUAAACAAACUACUCGCCGUGUUAACGUACUUCAUACGCUGUGGUGACGUCAAGAAAAACGAUUUCAAGUAUCAAGACUGUGUGCUCAGUGACGUUAAAGUUGUGAAAGUGAAUAAACAAAACUCAGAGUCGGGCAGGACCGCAAAACGUUUAGAAGUGAAAGAGUGUUUAAGAGAUAGUCUAAGAGUGCCCUCGUUCAAUAGGAGCAGCGGCAGUAGUGUCAGUACGUUAGUAGCGAGUGAAGGUGGUCUGAAAAAGUCCACGACGCUCGCGGAUUUAAGUCAAAAGCUCUCUAGUUCAGAAUUCGCGGUAGAUAGUACGAGUGGUGAACAGUUCAAACCGUUAAGGCGGCAACCUACGAUGAUGAUUUCGUUGAAGGAUUCCUCAGAUUCCGGUUCUAAUUUAUCGACGUCGGAGGAAAGUGAUAAAGUUUUGUUCGUGCUUGGCGAUGAUGAAAAACUGGUGGGAUUAAAGAACAAGUCGAAUGGAGGGAAGUGCGUAAAGAAAUCUUCUAAGGUCCACAACGAGCCGGUCAACUUGGAAACCACUGAGGAAGUUGAAGUCACCACAACCGUAGAUGAGAAAGAAAAGUCGUCGAGAAGCACUGAUAGUCCGUCGAAGUGCUGCGCCCAAACACUGCAACAUUCCAAGCCAAUAAAACAUUCCGGUUUUAAGUUCGAGUUCGAUAAGUAUCCGCAGAUAGUCACUAAUUAUAUGAAGAGUAAAAACUUAGAAAUUUUAGAUAGGCACUAUAUCGGUAAGCCGGGGAAUUUGAAGCUGGACAACUUCCAGUUCGAUCCCACUUUCGUUCCGCCGAUACAGGAGGAAAGAUGUGAGACUUGUUACAAAUGCCAGUUAAUGGAGUCUAUGUUGCAAACGCCUACAAACGCGUCCGAAAUGGAGUAUAUGAACGAUAUGCCGCGACAGACUGAACCACAAUUCGCGAAAGAGUCCAUAGUAACGGAACCAGAACAACGCGAAAUGUCACCAAAAACGUUUGUUAGGAAACGGAAGGAGAACACAGUUAUAGUGAAUGUUAGUAAAGAUAAAAGUGCUUGUGUGUCAAAGGAUGUUUGUACGUUUAGUAUAAAGGUAGAGGGAGCGAGUGCGGUGAAUAAGAACGAUAAGUUGGAAGUGAAGCAAGUGAUAGAGUUCCCGUUGCCGCGAAUGCGUACGCAGUUGCGCACGCAAGCGCGCUCCGGAUAUGACGUCACGCUUCUCGGCGGCGUCACAAACCACUAUGUACCUGAUUUAGUUUUACAAGGAACGUUAGAAAAGCCCAGCACCUGGGAAGCAGAGCUGAGACGAGAUUUGGACUUAUCUUCGUACCUGCACAAGAGUGCGGACGCGACCGUGCAGUCUGUCGCUAUUGUUGGAGACACUAAUGCGUGGGAGGUGCGACUGAUCGGUCGCGGUUGCGGUAGCGGCGGGCUGUCGCCGCUGGUGGGCGGGAUGUUGGACGCUCUGACCGCCAUGCGCAGGGCCCGCAUACCGCCGCAGCAGUGUCUUUUGUACCUGGAGAGCAAGCUCCGUGAAUUCUGCGUGCUAUCCAAAACGUUAGCCGACAUGUUGAUGUCCACUGAUUUUUGCGACAUCGCGACGUUGACUCAGUCCCUCAACAUCGACGUUAACGACGUACCACUGCUGCUAGCCAUCGCCACCACACACACACCGCAAGUCACGAGAAGAUACGGUAUCAGCUAUAGGUAAUGUAGAACGUAGGCCGCUCCAAAAUGUAAACACAUAUCUAUUCUACAGGGUUAUAUUAGAAUGCUAGCAAAAAAAAAGACAGGUCAUUAUAGUACUGCUAAGAAAAACGCGAUUAAAGAAAACCUGUAUUUUUAAAGUUCGCAAAUAAAACAUUCGACUGACGCUAGAGGACAAGAACCUUGCGUAGAUAGGUGCCGCAGAGUCAAUGCCACGUCGUAGGCGGGGUAUUGACCCCUAGUUUUGUACGCAAUACAUUGUGGGUUUUAAAUCACCAAAACUAAAAGUAUAAGGCAUAUAGUUAUUGGUAUUGAAUUGUAUUCAGGUAGCAUAAAAAAGCGCUAAGUUUUCGCUAGCGUUCUAAUUACACCAUGUAUAGUAUAAGGGCCUGUACAGACGAGGGACUAUUGUCUGUGGAGGACAAAAGUCCCUCAUCUUUUAGUACGGACUAUUAGUCCAUCGUGUGCAUUAAGCCGUGCAGUUCUUAGUGACCCAUUUUUGUCCCCCGCGGACAAUAGUCCGUCGUUUGCGCAAGCCAUAAUAGUGUCUAUUACACUGAAUAUUCUAAUCUAUCUAUUCUGAUUACUUUAUAUCGGACACUGUUAUGGGUACCAUUGGAUAUAAGUUGUAUGGUAUUAUCUAUGUGCAAAUUCCAACCUAUUUUUUAAUAAUGUAAAACUAUAUUUGAGGGCAAUCAUUAUAAAAAAAAAAUGCUAUUGGUUGUUAACUAUAUUACAUUGAAU